AUGUGUUCGGAUGUUCUUUCUGCGCAGACAUUGGCGAUGAGUGACAAAAUGGAAUGUGAGAAUUUGUCUAGAAAAAGCUGGACAUUGCGUUUCCUGGAGGAAUUGCUAACUUUAGAAAGGAAGGAAAGUCACUAUAAUGUGAUGAAAAGAGAUGAAUACGAUAAGUUAUUAGCGGAGACUGAAGAAGCUAAAGCUGCAAUAAAGAAGACGCCUUUGCAAUACCGAAGAGUUAAAAGAUUUGAUGUUUUUGAAAUCGGUGGAACGAAAAAGUUGAUUUCAAAAGACGAACCAGUCAAGUAUUAUUUGCCAGCAGAAGAAAUAUACGACGUCAUAGAAAGUGCGCAUAUAGCUGUAGGACAUGGAGGUCGAGACAGAAUGAAGAAGGAAACAUCGAGGAAAUACGCCAAUAUAACUAAUGAAAUGAUAAAUAUUUUUUUGUCAAUGUGCGAAACUUGUCAACAAAAAAGAAGCAAGCGCAAGAAAGGUUUGGUUUCUAAGCCGAUCCUUCACUCAGAAAUGAAUAGCCGUUGUCAAGUAGAUUUAAUCGACAUGCAAUCUCAGGCUGAUGAACAAUUUAAAUUUAUUAUGGUUUACCAAGACCAUUUAACGAAAUUUAUCUUACUGCGAGCGCUCCAGAGCAAAAGAGCUGAAGAAGUUGCUUUGCAACUUACUGAUAUUUUUUUGACAUUUGGAGCUCCCUGUAUUUUACACUCUGAUAAUGGUAGAGAAUUUGUCAAUUCUGUCAUAGAAGAGUUAUUUACAUAUUGGCCGGAGUUAAAAGUUGUUCACGGAAAGCCAAGACAUAGCCAAAGUCAGGGUUCAGUUGAAAGAGCCAACCAGGACAUAGAAAACAUGUUGGCUUCAUGGCUGAAAGACAACAAUACCACCAAAUGGUCGAAUGGUCUUAAAUUUGUACAAUUUAUGAAAAAUAGAGCACUUCAUUUUGGAAUCAAACAAUCACCUUAUAAAGCAAUGUUUGGAAUUGAACCAAGAGUUGGACUGACGACAUCAUCAUUGCCAUCUGAUAUGAUUACAAAUAUCCAUGAUGAAAAUGACCUUCAGAACAUAAUCGAGCAGAUGAAUACAGAGCACGAGGAAACUGAAAUAGCUGAAGAAGUACAAGAAGAUGAAGCGGAGGCGAUGCUAACUACAAUAUCGUCAAACAUCUCCUUAGCCAGGAAGGAAGCCAAAGAAAAUUUGGAGAAAUAG